AUGAACAGCGUUCGUACAUUCUCCACCACCGCAGGUCGUCUCUUUCAGCGUGUUGGUUUCCAACAUCUGAAGGAUCACUGGAAGGAGCACGCCGAAAAGGUCACUCGCCCUGGAGGACCUGCCGAGACGUCUAUGCAGUCUACGCUGGCCAAAGUCAAGAUCCAUCACCAUGACGGUGAGCCCGUCCACUUCCCGAGUAGUGACCCGACUUGUCCCGAGAAAAUCGUAAGCAUGAAGUGCUACUACACCAACGGCGAGAAGAACACUUUCCAUCUGUAUGCAGAUGGUGGUCUUACCAAAAAGAAGGGCGCGGAGAAGCUGUACUGA